UUAUCUGACUGUCUUUUGUCAGGUUUAUGGCUACUAACGACUUGAUGACAGAACUACAGAAAGAUUCUAUCAAGCUGGAUGAUGACAGUGAAAGAAAGGUGGUGAAGAUGAUUUUGAAAUUACUGGAAGACAAAAAUGGUGAGGUGCAGAACUUAGCUGUCAAAUGCCUUGGUCCUUUGGUGAGCAAAGUGAAGGAGUAUCAAGUGGAGACCAUUGUAGAUACACUUUGUACAAACAUGCUUUCAGAUAAAGAACAGUUACGUGACAUUUCAAGCAUUGGCCUUAAAACUGUGAUUGGAGAACUCCCCCCAGCUUCCAGUGGUUCUGCAUUGGCAGCUAAUGUUUGCAAAAAGAUCACGGGGCGUCUCACUAGUGCUAUUGCCAAGCAGGAAGAUGUGUCUGUUCAAUUGGAGGCACUAGAUAUCAUGGCUGACAUGCUGAGCAGGCAAGGAGGACUGCUUGUUAACUUCCAUCCUUCAAUUCUGACCUGUCUGCUCCCCCAGCUGACUAGCCCCAGACUUGCUGUGAGGAAAAGAACCAUCAUUGCUCUUGGUCACCUGGUUAUGAGUUGUGGCAAUAUGGUUUUUGUUGACCUCAUUGAACAUCUGUUGACAGAGCUGUCUAAAAAUGAUUCCAUGUCAACAACUAGGACCUAUAUACAGUGUAUUGCUGCUAUCAGUAGGCAAGCAGGUCAUAGAAUAGGUGAAUAUCUUGAGAAAAUAAUUCCUUUGGUUGUAAAGUUUUGUAAUGUAGACGAUGAUGAGCUACGAGAGUAUUGCAUUCAAGCAUUUGAAUCCUUUGUUAGGAGAUGUCCUAAAGAAGUUUAUCCUCAUGUGUCUACUAUUAUAAAUAUUUGUCUUAAAUAUCUUACCUAUGAUCCAAAUUACAAUUAUGAUGAUGAAGAUGAAGAUGAAAAUGCUAUGGAUGCUGAUGGUGGUGAUGAUGAUGAUCAAGGGAGCGAUGAUGAAUAUAGUGAUGAUGAUGACAUGAGCUGGAAAGUAAGGCGUGCAGCUGCUAAAUGUCUGGAUGCUGUUGUUAGCACACGACACGAAAUGCUUCCAGAAUUCUACAAAACUGUGUCUCCUGCUUUAAUAGCUAGAUUCAAAGAACGUGAAGAAAAUGUUAAAGCAGAUGUUUUUCAUGCUUAUCUUUCUCUUCUAAAACAAACUCGACCGGUGCAAAGUUGGCUUUGUGAUCCUGAUGCGAUGGAACAAGGAGAGACACCUUUGACAAUGCUUCAGAGUCAGGUUCCCAACAUAGUUAAAGCCUUGCACAAACAAAUGAAGGAGAAAAGUGUGAAGACCCGUCAGUGUUGCUUUAAUAUGCUGACCGAGCUAGUAAAUGUGUUACCUGGAGCCCUAACACAACAUGUUCCCGUGCUUGUACCAGGAAUAAUUUUUUCAUUGAAUGACAAAUCAAGUUCUUCUAAUCUGAAGAUAGAUGCUUUGUCCUGUUUGUAUGUGAUCCUCUGCAAUCAUUCUCCCCAAGUCUUUCAUCCUCAUGUUCAAGCACUGGUGCCUCCAGUUGUAGCUUGUGUUGGAGAUCCAUUUUACAAGAUUACAUCAGAGGCACUUUUGGUUACUCAACAACUAGUGAAAGUCAUUCGUCCUUUAGACCAGCCUUCUUCCUUUGAUGCUUCUCCUUACAUCAAAGAUCUCUUUACUUGUACAAUCAAAAGAUUAAAGGCUGCUGACAUUGAUCAGGAGGUGAAAGAAAGGGCAAUAUCUUGCAUGGGUCAAAUCAUUUGUAGCCUUGGUGACAGCUUGGGCACAGACCUGCCUAGUACACUUCAGAUCUUCCUAGAGAGGCUGAAGAAUGAAAUCACUCGGUUAACUACAGUGAAGGCUAUGACACUGAUUGCUGGUUCUCCUUUGAAGAUAGAUUUGAGACCAAUCCUGGGGGAAGGAGUUCCUAUUCUUGCUUCUUUUUUGAGGAAGAAUCAACGGGCUUUGAAACUGGGCACUCUUUCUGCUCUAGAUAUUUUAAUUAAGAAUUACAGUGACAGCUUGACAGCUGCCAUGAUUGAUGCUGUCCUGGAUGAGCUUCCACCUCUUAUUAGUGAAAGUGAUAUGCACGUAUCACAGAUGGCCAUCAGUUUUCUGACAACACUUGCUAAAGUAUAUCCUUCCUCCUUGUCAAAGAUUAGUGGGUCCAUUCUCAAUGAACUCAUUGGGCUGGUGAGAUCGCCUCUACUUCAGGGCGGAGCACUUAGUGCCAUGCUAGAAUUUUUCCAAGCUUUGGUUGUGACUGGUACAAAUAAUUUAGGCUAUAUGGAUUUGCUGCGCAUGUUAACUGGUCCAGUGUACUCUCAGAGCACAGCACUUACUCACAAGCAGUCUUAUUAUUCCAUUGCCAAAUGUGUGGCUGCCCUUACUCGAGCAUGCCCUAAGGAAGGACCAGCUGUGGUAGGUCAGUUCAUUCAAGAUGUCAAGAACUCAAGGUCCACGGAUUCCAUUCGGCUUUUGGCUUUGCUUUCACUUGGGGAAGUUGGGCAUCACAUUGACUUAAGUGGACAAAUUGAGCUGAAGUCUGUAAUAUUAGAAGCAUUCUCUUCUCCUAGUGAAGAAGUCAAAUCAGCAGCAUCUUAUGCAUUAGGCAGUAUUAGUGUUGGCAAUCUUCCUGAGUAUCUGCCUUUUGUCUUACAAGAAAUAACCAGCCAGCCUAAAAGGCAAUACCUUCUUCUUCAUUCCUUGAAAGAGAUAAUUAGCUCUGCAUCAGUGGUUGGUCUGAAACCAUAUGUUGAGAACAUCUGGGCCUUACUCCUGAAACAUUGCGAAUGUGCAGAAGAGGGUACAAGGAAUGUUGUUGCUGAAUGCUUGGGCAAGCUUACUUUAAUAGACCCAGAGACUCUGCUUCCACGACUCAAGGGAUACUUGGCAUCAGGAUCCUCAUAUGCUCGAAGUUCUGUGGUGACUGCUGUUAAGUUCACUAUUUCUGAUCAUCCACAGCCCAUAGACCCACUCUUGAAGAACUGCAUAGGUGAUUUUUUGAAAACAUUGGAAGACCCGGAUCUCAAUGUCAGGAGAGUAGCCCUAGUGACAUUUAACUCAGCUGCACACAAUAAACCAUCAUUAAUAAGGGACCUCUUAGAUACUGUGCUUCCUCAUCUUUACAACGAAACAAAAGUCAGAAAGGAAUUAAUCAGAGAGGUGGAAAUGGGACCAUUUAAGCACACAGUUGAUGAUGGUUUGGACAUUAGGAAAGCUGCCUUUGAAUGCAUGUAUACUCUUUUGGAUAGCUGUUUGGAUAGACUAGAUAUAUUUGAAUUCCUAAACCACGUUGAAGAUGGCUUGAAGGAUCACUAUGACAUUAAGAUGCUAACCUUUUUAAUGUUGGUGAGACUGUCGACCCUUUGUCCAAGUGCAGUGCUGCAGAGAUUGGAUAGACUUGUUGAACCUUUGCGUGCUACAUGUACAACUAAGGUAAAGGCAAAUUCAGUGAAACAGGAGUUUGAAAAGCAAGAUGAACUGAAAAGAUCUGCGAUGAGGGCAGUAGCAGCACUUCUAACCAUUCCAGAAGCAGAAAAGAGUCCAUUAAUGAGUGAAUUCCAGUCACAGAUAAGCUCUAACACUGAGCUGGCAACCAUCUUUGAAAGUAUCCAAAAAGAUUCAUCAUCCACUAACUUGGAAUCUAUGGACACUAGUUAAAUGUUUGCCCAAAAUGGGGACCAUUAUGUUGAACCAUAAGAUGCACUGAAUUGACAGGUUAUGAGUAAGAAACAGAAAAAAUAUCUAAUCUACACAUUGUUCCACUUUAUUUACCUUUAUGGAGACAGUUGGCUUUUCCCAUUGUUGCUUUUCUAGCAUCUAUUCCAGAAAUGUAUUUCCAUAAUCCAGAGUUUGUUAACCACUCUUGUUUUAGUGGAUUUGGCCACAUUUGGGAAUUAAAAAGUUGACGCAUGGUGUAUGGAAGUAGGUUCCAACAUCCAUUUUCCCUGUAACAUUUAGGAUUAAAAUGUUAAAAUUUUGUGACCAUGAUUUUUUUUUUUCUUUUGUUUACUCUUUCUAUUUGUAGACAACAACAGAGGUGUGGGGGAGGUGGGAAUCGAGCAUCCAGGUGCGCCAUGUUUUUGUAUAACUUUUUAUUCUUUUUGUUUCAGCUUCAUAAAUUGGUUUGGCUGGCAGAUAAAUCCUGUGUAAGAUUUAUUAUAUUAAAGAGGGGGUUUUGGCACAGUUCAAAAAGAAGCAGACAUAAAUGUCAUUUUUUAAGGUGUGGGGAUUAGAAAACAAAUAUCCCUGUUGUGCACACUAAUUUUGCAUGAGCAAGUUUACAAAUAUAUAUUGUCUGUAAAACAGCAUGUGCAGUUUAUUCGUUAUACAAGUUAAAAUAAGUGCUACUGUAUCAGUGCAGUUUUCAGGUAUCUUAACAUACAGAACAUUCACGUAGGGAGGGAUGAAUUGAAAGUUAGUUGUCUUAACCUGGCUUUUAAAAAUGCCAAUGAUACGACCCUGCAGAUCUACUCACAGCAAACAUGACAGCUUCUGCAGUUUUCAUGGCUUUUCAAACUCGUAGACUGAAUUCCCUGGAAAUGGGGUGGACAAACAGAAGAUCUGUGGGAAAUAGGGUGAGCUGUAGGUAAAAUGAGCAGAGAAGAACACUUAGCUGCUUGAUGGCUGCUGAACUCUGGAUUCAACUCUGCUUUUGUUAACAAGUACGAAAGGAGGUCUCUUCAAAUGCCUUCUACCUCCUGUUCUUUAUGCAACGGCUUUAAUUAGGGCACUAAUAUAUGGUAUUACCUCAGCAAGCAUUGCCAGAGCAUCAUUCUGUGCCCAUCAGAAUGUUUUCUGGCACAUGGAGCCACCAGUAGAUCUCAGUGCUGCUACUGUUGUGUGGUAUUCUAAUGAGACAGGAAACAGAGUGGUUUUAAGACUGGAGAGAGAGAGAGAGAGAAAUAUUAGGAAACAAGCUGAAAUGGAAAAACCUGUGGUGAAAUGUUUAGAUACUCUACAAGGGGACCAGAAGAUGGUAGCUGGUAGUACUUCAGUAAGCUGGAUUUUGGAGUUCAAUAGCAGAAGUUGGGGAGCCACUGCCUCAGUUUGAGUCUUGUCAUUGUUUAGUUAAUACAGUUGGUUAGUUGUCUCUUUUAGUCAGGUCUGAGUUUGAUUUUCCUCUCGUUAACUAAUAGCUGAAUUUUUUGGAAACCUGUUACUUGAUUAUGUAGGAGAAGCUGCCGCAGGACUAAACAAGCGUAUGACUUCAGAGAGUUUCCUGUGAGCAUUGGGGUUCAGGAGCAAGUUCUUCUCAUACUUACAGCUUGAGGGAAACAGAGUUGAUAUUGGUGCAUUUUACUUUAGUUGUAAGACACGAAUGAAGAAAUCUAUGAAUUCAUUCAGUAAUAACAUUUCUCAUGCUGUAGAAAUUUUGAUAUUGUAGCUUUCUAUGUCUCUGAAGUCUUCGUACUUAUGUAUCAAUUGUCUUCUAGAAGAAGAAAUAAAUGAAAUUAAAUGUACCAGCAUAUCUAAAUGUCAUGAAAAAGUAUGGGAUGACCCUAGGGAGAAACCAUAUGGUAGAAAUGCACUGUGAAUUAGGUGCAUUCUCCCCUGCUGUAUAAAUCAUCUACUUCAAUUACAGUAAUAUACAGGCCUACUGAUUAAGAAUCUGUUGUGCUAAUUAGUUGUCAAAUUAAUCUUAUUUCCUUUGUGUUUUCAGAGUGUAUUAAGCUUUUUUUCUUUUUUUAGACCGAGAAUUAAGUAUGAGAAUGAUCUGAUAAACACAAAAUGUGAGGCUAAAUUAUGUGAAAGGAUUAGAGGACUGGUAAGUAAAUAGGGUACUUACACUUACAGCUGAGAGAUGUAUGUUUUUAUGACUACCACAAUGCCUAUGUUGUGGAUUCAAAUAAUCUUCACUUAAGGAGAGAAGGGAAGGUUGAGGUGUACUGCAUAGUAAAUGCUUUCUUGCAGGAGAGUACUUUUUAUUUUGACCACUGACAAAACAGGUGGGUACAUAAGAAUUUAAAACUUAAUUUACAAAAGAGUGAGGAAGAAUUCUAAGUUUUCUGUAAAUGAUAGAAAUUCCAAGAUAGGAUUCUCACUGGGUAGCUGUUGGAUAUUUUAGCAAAGCAGGAAGACAGAAUUAAGAUGUAACUGUACCAUUCUGAUAUUACAUGUUGGUUUUAUAGAAUCUAACUAGGUUACAUGUUCAGAUUGCAUUGCCUUUAACUGGAUUGCUUGAUCUGAGUGCUUGUUUUUGGGAGAGGAGAUAUUUUUUUAUUAUUAUUUUUUGUUUUAUUCCCCUACUGUAUGUCAAGUAUGUUUGCUUAACUCAAUCUGAUGUAUUUAUGCUUUUAGUGCAGUUAGGUUCAGGCAGUUCUGUUAAGGAUGAUGCCAGAAAUACCUCUAGCUGUUUCUUGAACAAUAAAUGUCUGAAGCUGAAGUACAAAACUGGAAUUCUGAAAGGUGGCUCUUAAAGAUUCCUGAUGUGGUUACAAUUUUCUCUAGUAUUUUUCUUGGCUUUGCAUAGAAGCAAUUGAGAAAAUUUAAUAAGCUUGCACAUAAUACAGAAUGGUUGGCCAUGGUUGCCAUUAACAAUUUUUUUGUAUCUCAAAAGUAAUUAAGGUUUUACUAGAAGACGUUGUUCAGUGUGCUCACAUUUUUCUGUGAAAGAUCUUGCCAUCCUUGCGAAGGACGUUUUCUUUAAAAUCAAAAUAAAUCAUUUUUAUAAUUAUACAUAUAUUAUACACGAUACAAAGAAAUACGUAUUUCUGUAUAUAAUUUAGAUAUAUAUUUUGCUGCAUUUAAAGCUGAUAAUUUUCCUUCAGUGUUACCUCUAAUAUAGCAGUUUCCAGAGCUGAAUUGCAUUCCGAUUGUAUUUAUGUCAACUAAACAAAACAAGUUCUAAUAAAACUCCUGUUUGCAUGAGGUCCAUUCA